AUGGGGGGCGAUCGGCAGCAUUACUACGGGAAGCACGGGACUCCACAAAAGUAUGACCCUACCUUCAAAGGGCCUAUCUACAACAGGGGAUGCACGGAUGUCAUCUGCUGCGUGAUUCUGCUCCUGGCCAUCGUGGGCUACGUGGCUGUGGGUAUCAUAGCCUGGACUCACGGGGAUCCCCGGAAGGUGAUCUACCCCACUGAUAGCCGGGGCGAGUUCUGCGGACAGAAAGGCACAAAAAACGCGAAUAAACCCUUCCUGUUUUAUUUCAACAUUGUGAAGUGUGCCAGCCCCCUGGUCCUGUUGGAAUUCCAAUGUCCCACUCCUCAGAUCUGCGUGGAACAAUGCCCGGACCGCUACCUCACAUUCCUCAAUGCGCGCAACUCCAGAGACUUUGACUACUACAAGCAGUUUUGUCUUCCUGGAUUCAAUAACAAUAAGGGGGUGGCCGAAGUGCUUCGAGAUGGCGAGUGCCCUGCGGUCCUCACCCCCAGCAAACCCCUGGCCCAGCGGUGCUUCCCCGCCAUCCACGCCCACAAGGGGGUCCUCAUGGUGGGCAACGAGACGACCUACGAGGACGGGCUGGGAUCUCGGAAGAACAUCACGGAGCUGGUGGAGGGCGCCAAGAAGGCCAAUGGAGUCCUUGAGGCCCGGCAGCUGGCCAUGCGGAUAUUUGAAGAUUACACGGUGUCCUGGUACUGGAUUGUCAUAGGCCUGGUCAUCGCCAUGGUGUUGAGUCUCCUCUUCAUCAUCCUGUUGCGCUUUCUGGCUGGCAUUAUGGUCUGGGUGAUGGUCGUCAUGGUGAUUCUGGUCCUGGGCUAUGGAAUCUUUCACUGCUACAUGGAAUAUUCCCGACUGCGCGGUGAGGCUGGCUCCGACGUGUCUCUGAUAGAUCUUGGUUUCCAGACAGACCUCCGAGUGUACUUGCACUUAAGACAGACCUGGAUGGCUUUCAUGAUUAUUCUGAGUAUCCUGGAAGUGAUUAUCAUUUUGCUACUCAUCUUUCUCCGCAAGAGAAUUCUCAUUGCCAUUGCGCUCAUCAAAGAAGCCAGCAGGGCUGUAGGGUACGUCAUGUGCUCCAUGCUCUACCCGCUGGUCACCUUCUUCCUGCUGUGUCUUUGUAUCGCCUACUGGGCCAGCACUGCUGUUUUGGGGGGAGAGGGGGGUGACUUGGUCCGGAAAAGUCUCCUCACCUCUGCAUCCCUUCCCCUUUCUCUUCCAGCCGCAGAGAACAAGUUUGCCAAAUUUCUCAUGACCUGUCUCAAGUGCUGCUUCUGGUGCCUAGAAAAGUUCAUCAAAUUCCUCAACAGGAACGCCUAUAUCAUGAUCGCCAUCUAUGGCACCAACUUCUGCACGUCUGCCAGGAACGCCUUCUUCUUGCUCAUGAGAAACAUCAUCAGAGUGGCUGUCCUGGACAAAGUUACCGACUUCCUGUUCCUGUUGGGCAAGCUUCUGAUUGUGGGUAGUGUGGGGAUCCUCGCUUUCUUCUUCUUCACCCACCGAAUCCGGAUUGUGCAGGAUACAGCUCCGCCUCUCAAUUAUUACUGGGUGCCUAUCUUGACGGUGAUCGUCGGCUCCUACUUAAUCGCUCAUGGCUUCUUCAGCGUCUACGGCAUGUGUGUGGACACGCUGUUCCUCUGCUUCUUGGAGGACCUGGAGAGGAACGACGGCUCCGCAGAGAGGCCUUACUUCAUGUCUUCGACUCUCAAGAAACUCUUGAACAAGACCAACAAGAAGUUGGCUGAGUCCUAAAGGCCAGGGCCUCGGUCACCUCUGGCCACCUCUACCACCCCCCGCCACCCCCCAGGGUGCUCAGAGGGCAGCUGGGUCAGGACCCCCCCUGCACCCCUCCAAGCCUAUCGGACUUCACCUGAUGUCCUGUCACACUGCCUCUCUGUGCCCACAGCCACGUUUUACAGUAGCCAGAAAGGACACCGUGAGUCACCCCAGCCCCUCCAGGUCCGGAUGGUGACGAAUCCGGUUGGGAGGUGACUCCAUCUCUGCCUGGCUCCUUCGUGCUUCCUGGCUGCUUCUCCACAGUGGAUGGGAAAGACUGAGCCGGAGGAGGAGGAGCUGCUGGAGCCAAGCUCCGCCCACUGGGUGGCGCCAAGCUCCGCCCACUGCCCCCUCCCCUGUGGGCCAAGGCCCCAUCUCCACUGGUUGAACAACUGGCCCAAGGGCCCUCCCAUGCAUUUCUGGAGGACUUUUUAACCUGGACCUGCAUUAAAGGGUCUAGUAGCUUUUCUUCCAUCGGCCUCCACAGCCGGAUGGAUAUGAAA